AUGGCUCCAACGAGGAAAAGUAAGGGUCGCCAAAAGGUUGAGAUGACUAAAAUGACAAAAGAAAGUAACUUACAAGUUACUUUCUCCAAACGCCGAUCUGGCCUUUUUAAGAAGGCCAGUGAAUUAUGCACACUUUGUGGUGCUGAAAUUGCUAUAAUAGUCUUCUCUCCUGGGAAAAAGAUGUAUUCCUUCGGCCAUCCUGGUGUUGAAUCAAUUAUAGAUCGGUUUCUUACCGGGAACCCUUUACCCCACUCUGGUGCACUGCAGCUCUUUGAGGCUCAUCGUAGUGCAAAUGUUCGUGACCUUAAUAUGCAACUCACUCAAGUUCUCAACCAACUAGAGGGUGAGAAGAAGCGCGGAGAAGCACUUACACAGAUGAAGAAGGCCAGCCAAGCACAAUAUUGGUGGGCAGCUCCGAUUGAGGAGCUUAGCUUCGAACAACUCGAGCUUCUGAAGGUGUCGCUAGAAAAUCUUAAAAGGAAUGUUGAAAUGCAUGCAGACAAGCAUAUGAUGGAGGCAUCGAAUCCUCUGACUUUUUUUCUUUCGAGUUCUGUUGGAGCAGGUGUGCCUUAUGAUGCGCACAUUGCUGCAUUUGAUCCUCUUAACUUUAACUUUGGUUAUGGGGGUCAUUUGCACUAA